GGAUUUCAGCAAAGUCAACCAUGGCAAUAAGAUGAAAAACACGCCUCUCACCUAGUCAAUCAAAAAAUAGUGCUAGCUAAGCACAUACCAUUAUUGUGUGUGGCAGCCAGUCCAACGAGCCCUACACAUUAUUGCAUUUGCUGCCGUGCUGAACAAGGACUGUUACAGCUGUGUGGGAUGUUGACGUGUCUGCUGGCUAUAAAUGCAAGAGCACACCCAGUCACAAUGCGAUUUGAACAUCUGACGAACAGAGAGCAAAACCAUGUGAAAAGAAGAGGAUGAAAAGGUGCAUUCAUUUACACUUCGCUAAAAAGAGGGGGCGGGGGUACAACAUAAUUUACUGAGAUACCUCAUGUGACCGUCAGUGACACCGCUGCUCUAGACCAGUGAUCUGCCUCCGCCGCCGCUGAUGAUGAUGGAGGGAGUGCUUUUUCCUUCUGCCAGUCUUGAUGCAAAGUACAGCUGGUGAUGACCUGGAUGGUGCCAUGUAAAUGACUGAAGACCAUGAAGCCCACACACAAGCUGCUGUUCGUCCUGUGCCCCAUGCUGGUCCUGGGCUUUAUUUACUACUCCUCCGGGAAGCUACAUCUACACGUAUGGGGCCAGAAGCCUCAGAGUGAUGCAGAAACGACAGCUGUAGACCUGACUAAAGGUGCUGAAGUGAAAAGGAUAACAGAGUUGGAAACGGACAUCUCCGUGGGACGAAUAGUAGGCUCAGUGUAUGAUAAGCAGGGCUUUUUGCUGCAGCUGGACACAAAACUGCCACCGGAGUUGGCAUACAAGUAUGGCAACCUCAGCGAAGGAGUGUGCAAGCUGGGAUAUGCAGCAGCCAAGAUGACUGCCAUCUAUCCUAAGUUUAUGAAACCAGCGCCCAUGUUUCUUGAUCGGAACUUCAAACGUCUUGCAAAAGUCAGCAAUUACUUACCUCCAUUUGGUUUCAAAACACAAGAGAGAGUCAUAGACAGCAUUUUAACUGCCACCAAAAACUACGGGCUUGGAGAUGAACUGGACAGUCUCAACUGUAAAAGAUGCAUCAUUGUGGGCAACGGGGGCAUCCUGUACAACAAGUCUCUGGGUUCCCGUAUCGAUGACUAUGAUGUUGUCGUGAGGUUGAAUGAAGCUCCAGUAGCUGGUUACAGCAAGGACGUAGGGACCAAAACUACCUUGCGGAUUACCUAUCCUGAGGGAGCUAUUCAGAAGCCUGAAAACUAUGAAAAAGACUCGCUUUUUGUUUUUUCUGCUUUCAAACCACUGGAUUUCAAGUGGCUAAGACAGAUGGUCUUCAAGGAGAAACUGAGGGGUACAGAGGGUUUUUGGAAGUCGGUGGCCCACUAUGUGCCUCGUGAGCCGACCGAGAUGAGAAUCCUCAAUCCCUACUUCAUCCAAGAGGCCGCCUUCCAGUUCAUAGGCCUGCCUUUCAACAAUGGCCUGAUGGGCAAAGGGAACAUUCCAACUUUAGGCACAGUUGCCAUAACGAUGGCACUGCAUAACUGUGAUGAGGUGGCGGUGGCUGGUUUCGGGUACGACAUGAACACGCCCCACGCACCCUUGCACUAUUACGAGACUGUCAAAAUGUCUGCCAUCAAAGAGUCUUGGACACACAACAUAUCUAAGGAGAAAGAGUUCCUGCGCAAGCUAGUGAAGGCCAAUGUCAUCACAGACCUGACCAACGGUAUCUGAGUUUACACCCACCCAGUCUCCUUCUGCCUUUCCCAAAGGACUACAAAACAGGAAGCUGGGAAAUGGAUCAAGUCUGGGAGAAAGAACCGUUAGAGUCCGGGUGGCCUGCACACUGCCGGGGUUUUUAUAUCAAAGGAGAUUAUUUAAAAAAAAUUAAUAAAUACAAAAAAAGAUACAGUAGGGUUUUUGUGGAGUGAUGCACACACAUGUGCCUUCUGAACCAAAGACUCCUGCUGAUUGAAGCUGGGGGGGGUGGCGACGUGGGGAGAACUGAAUCUGCCCGUUUCCUAUCUUAUCAAAAGGACAGUUGCAGGAAAGCUCCGCUGGGCCAGCACUUCAGCGUUUGACGUUUGCCACUUCAAACCCUCCUCCACCCCCCCACGAGUAUCAUAUGAAUGAAUCGCAAGAGCAGAGGUGACCAAGGAUGUACAGAUGUCAGGAUUUCAGUUGACGGAAGGGACAGAAGAGAAAAGGAAUAAUUAAAGGACUGAAACAGAGAGCGUGCAGGGAUUGGGUUGUGUAUUAGCAGUGCCAAACGUACCUCGAUCAAAGGAGAGGUGGCCCUCCUCUCCUUUUGCUGCCUGAAUGUAUUUACCUUCCUCAGUGUAAAUAUCAAAGAUUUUUACUGUGCUACAAGCUGCAGCAGCCCCCCAACCCCUUCCCCUCCCCUCCUCACCCCCGUCUGCCAUUUGUCCAUUCAUUCACUCAUUCAUUAAUUUUUUAUUUUUUUUUUACUUUUUUUUUAAACUGUCUGUCCAGAGUCCAAAAUUACCACUUGCCAAGCCAGGUGACAAGAGUUAAAUCAGCAAGAGGUCACCUGUCAAAAUGGUUGGUUUCAUGUUUUUAGACGCCAUCGUUCAAGUGUUUUAGGAGUAUUCAGACAUCAGAGUUUGAAGAUUUGUUUGUUUUUGCUGCCAUGUUGACCUCUGUAAAUUCACUGGAAUCAAAUUAAAGCAGUGACUCCGAAAUCCCGGCAGUCGCUGCCUGUUAAGCUGGCUCAGCACAGGAUGCUUAUUUGUGUUUCCUGAUGUCUUAAUGGAUCUCUGGCAGCUCGCAUCAGUUGAGACGCCAAGUUUUAAAUUAAAACUAAAUAUGCUUGUUUUUUGAAUUAUUUAAAAAUGAUCAGAUUCUCUACAUGCAAUGGCGCUGACAACAGGUAGGAGUUAAAAAAGUGUAUGAAUUAUUUUGUCUAAAUUAUUUUUAUUGUGGGAUUUAAUUUUUAUAGUUUACUAGCUCUGGCAGGUGAGACCUGAAGUUAAACAUGCAGCAUCUCUUCCACCUCUACGUCUCUUUGUAAACCCUUCUUCCUCUUACUCCAUUCAUGUCACGAUACAGUCUUCAUUGCCAUGGAGACGUGCCCUGUCCUGGUCAAACAUAGAACAGACUGCACGUAUGUCGAAUCCAUAGACUAUAUAAGCGAAUCCCUCUUCCAUCCUCUCGUUGCUGCAGAUUUUCCUUGUUCUUCAGUAACUGGUGAAAUCUUUGAUUGUAGAAUAUAAAUAUAUAUUUUUGUUUUUAGGUUGAUUUUAAAUUAUUUAUUUCGUUACAAGGUCCCAGCAUUUUGGUCACAGGCAGGCCUGCUUUCUGUUGUUUUGUUCACAGGAAACAAGAGUUUGUGUUUCUUUUGAAUUCACCACCAUGUGCUUCCUCAGAGACUGCAUCAUCUUUAUGUUUGUGGCAGACGCUAUGUUUAAAUCCAUACAUGAAUCUGUCUUUAAUUGGCUUAAUGUUGAAUGUUGUUAAACCAGCAGCCUUUUAUUUCUUUACUUGUGCUUUUUUGUGACAAUGGACAUACAAUAGCAUUUUUUUUUUUUUUUUCUUGGCAACAUUUAGAGAAUAUGUGAGUUGUGAGUAAAUCACCAUUCAAUCUCAAAUCAGCAUUUCAUGUGUUGAUCUUGCCUUUGCACUUUGAUGGCACGGUCACAUUUGCCACGUAUUUUUCAGUAUUUUGACACUGCAUAAGCAGAGCAGUUGUUCAGUGUUAUAUAAUCAAACAGUUUGCUUCUCCUUCUGCUUGCUCCUCGUCAAAAAAAAAAAAAUCAAUGCGAGAAUGUCAAAAUGUCACCUCUCUGUUUGCUCAUCAUCUCUACAUAUGAAUGCGAUAAUCAGCUUUAUGUAGUAAUGGUGCAUUUUAAAUUUUUAAUUACUUUAUCAGAUGACAGUUUAGUGGGAUUUCACCUAAUUUCUGUAUCUACUUCUUUGGAAGUGCAUACUUACUGUACACACACACACUUGCACACACACAGACUCACUUUCAUUCCUCUCAAUCAGUAAGCUGCUGUUAUUACAUCUGUUAAAUUGCUACUUUUUUUUUUUUUUUUUCAUUUCACAAACACUGCUGGGAUUGUGCAGCCAGUUCUGUCGGAGCAGGCUGCAGGGUUUAAAUGAAAAGAUCACUUUUUGCAUAAAUAGGCCCUGCUUGGGUACUUCAGAGCAAAGGUACAGGGAACAGCUGACCAUUGCACUAUCAUGAGGCAUCUCAGCGCCUUACACCUCAUCACCUGGAAACUGUGGCAAGGAGUUUGACGCAGGAAAGUAACUCCAGCCGGUCCAGUAUGUCAGCUGUCAGCUGCAGGUCAGGACAGGUCAUUCCUCUGAUUUGGGACCAGUCCAUUUCAUAUCUGUGGUGUAUAAACAGCACAUUACAUACAGUAUAGGAAGACUUGAAGCAACCAUAAUGGUGGUUUUGUAUGUUUUAGCCACAAAUCCACAUAUAUGUUGGCUGCUAUAAAGUAAUUGUUUUGUUUGUCUGAGGUUGCGUAUGUUUGUGUGUAGCGUAUGGUUUCGGACAACAUGGCUCAUCAGUGAUAUAUUUUCCGGCAGCUGACUGUUUAUGCUUGAUCAUCAGUGUCCUUGAAUGCAGCCACACUAUCGUAUCAUGAUAGUACGUGACUCACAAAAAAAAAAAAAAAAGACAA